CGGUUCUACUUUUUGUAGGCAAUCCAAAUUCAAGCAUGCAACCUAACCCUCUUUGAAUAAAAGCACCCACAGAUAUAUAUUACGGAGUAUAUACAAGAUCUUCAUAAAGCUUUCAUCAUAAUUAUCCAUCAUGAAACUCUCCCCAUCGAUUCUUCUUCAUUCUUCUUCUUCUACUUCCAUUUCACACCAUUAAAUUAAUUCUUCUUCAAUUCACAAACUCCACCGCCGCCAUAGCCAUAAACCUCGCAAGAUGCACAUCAAACGCCUCUGUUUCGUCUUCCCGGAUGACGAUGAAACCGCUCCGACGGAGCCGGUGCCGGCGCCGGCGCCAGCGAGUCGCCGGCGAUGCGGGGGACAUGUUCUUGAAUUUGUCAAGGAAUCUCUGCACAGGUUCUUGGAUUCUGGGUGGGUUAGCUUUUGCAGCCCGGAGGUCGCCGGCGGCGGGAAAAAGCAGUUUUCCGGGCAGUUUCACGAUACGGAGGGGGUUCAGAUGGGGGAGAAUAAUAAAGUGGGGAGUGAUAAUCCGAGGAUUUUCAGCUACUCCGAGCUUUUUGUCGGGUCUAAUGGUUUUAGCGAAAGUGAAAUUUUGGGCAGCGGCGGAUUCGGGAAGGUUUUCCGGGCGGUUUUGCCUAGUGAUGGCACGGUGGUGGCGGUUAAGUGCCUGGCGGAGAAAGGGGAGCGGUUUGAGAAAACUUUCGCGGCGGAGCUGGUCGCCGUGGCUCAUCUCCGUCACCGGAAUCUUGUCCGGCUCCGGGGAUGGUGCGUUCACGACAAUCAGCUUUUCCUAGUAUAUGACUACAUGCCUAAUCGGAGCCUGGACAGAGUUUUGUUCAAAAAAUCAGAGAAAUUAGGGCUUGAUUGGGAGAGGAGGAAGAAGAUUGUUCAUGGCUUAGCUGCAGCACUGUUCUAUCUCCAUGAACAGUUAGAGACUCAGAUAAUUCAUAGAGAUGUUAAAACGAGCAAUGUAAUGCUAGAUUCGGGUUUCAAUGCCCGGCUAGGCGAUUUCGGGCUAGCCAGGUGGCUAGAACAUGACCUAGUGUACCAGACCAGAACCCCGUCGAUGAAGAAUCAUCAGUUUAGACUUGCAGAAACCACGAAAAUCGGGGGGACAAUUGGGUACUUGCCCCCCGAAAGCCUCCAGAAACGGGGGGUUGCUACCGCGAAAUCUGAUGUUUUCAGCUUCGGGAUUGUGGUUCUCGAGGUGGCCUCGGGGAGGCGGGCCGUGGACCUGACGUGCCCGGAUGAUCAGACCAUUUUGCUGGAUUGGAUGAGGCGGCUUUCGGAUGAAGGAAUGGUUUUGCAAGGUGGGGAUAGUAGGCUUAAGGAUGGUUCUUAUAAGCUUGCAGAAAUGGAGAGAUUGAUCCACAUUGGUCUGCUUUGUACUCUCCAUGAGCCUCAUUGUAGGCCUAACAUGAAAUGGGUUGUCGAGGCGCUUUACGGGGAAAUCUAUGGCAAAUUGCCCGAGCUUCCCUCGUUUAGAUCGCACCCGCUUUACAUUUCCCUCUCAUCAUCCUCCAACAGUGCCACUAGCCACACCAUGUCCACAAGAACAACUCUCAGCACCUCGAGCACAACGAUUGUGCCUUUCAAUAACUCGGAGAACUUUGUCACGGCUUCUGGUGAAACCGUGUUCGUGUCUGCUGAGUCUAGUAAUUCCAGCGUCUCGAGCAGUUUGUCCGGGAAUCAUUACAGCAGUGCUGGGCUGCAGCCUAGCGGUUUCCCAGUCGUUGAUACCCCAAGAGAGUUUACCUUCAAGGAGAUCGUGGCAGCAACGAAGAAUUUCUCUGAUUCGCGGAGGGUUGCAGAGGUUGAUUUCGGGACAGCUUAUCGGGGCUUCCUUGAUAGCUAUCAGCAAAUCCUGGUUAAGAGAUUGGGGAUGAAGACUUGCCCUGCUUUAAGGGUGAGGUUCUGUAAUGAGCUUCAGAAUUUAGGAAGGCUGAGACAUCGAAACCUAGUACAGCUCCGAGGAUGGUGCACCGAGCAAGGCGAAAUGCUUGUCGUGUAUGACUAUUCCGCAAACCAUCUCCUGAGUCACCUCCUUUUCCAUCACAGGCCUUCGGAGAGGCACACGGCCUUGAAAUGGCGCCAUAGGUACAAUAUAGUCAAGUCGUUGGCUUCCGCCAUUCGUUAUCUCCACGAGGAAUGGGACGAGCAGGUCAUCCACAGGUGCAUCACGUCCUCCGCUGUCAUUCUCGAUCCCGACAUGAACCCGAGGCUCGGUUCCUUCGCCCUAGCUGAAUUCUUGGCCAGGAACGAGAGUGGUCACCACGUCGUCGUUGACAAGAACAAGUCGGUCAGAGGGAUUUUUGGCUACAUGUCUCCCGAGUAUAUGGAAUCCGGGGACGCGACCCCAAUGGCUGACGUUUACAGCUUCGGGGUAGUGCUGCUGGAGGUCGUCAGUGGACAGAUGGCAGUCGAUUUUCGCAGGCCCGAAGUCCUCCUGGUUCACAGACUACACGAAUUCGAGCUGAGGAAACGACCCUACGAGGAGCUAGCAGACCGGAGGCUGGAUGGCGAGAUUAACAAGCGAGAGCUGAUCCGAAUGGUCAGAUUAGGAAUGGCGUGCACUCGGUCUGAUCCAGCACAGCGCCCGAGCAUGAGGCAGAUCGUGAGCAUCCUAGACGGGCGCGAUCAAUGGUUUAUGGAGAAUGGACUAAGGAAGGAGAAAAAGGAAGAUUGGAGGAAGAGAAAUGCUUGUUCUCUGUCACAUGUUAGAAGAAUUCAAGCCCUUGGCAUACACUGAUCCUAAACUAAAAAUCAUAUCUUUCUUUUGUUUGAGUAAAUUAAUGAUGUUUUUUGAUGUUUUUCCCUUGUAAAUCAUGAAAGGCAAAACACCUUUUAUAUAUAUCUGCUUUUAAAUUAUUUCCAA